AUGGCUCUGAUUUUCGCAGCAAGGCUUCUCCUGCUCCUUGCGUCCACCGUGACUGCUGUCCUCCUCCCAUCUCAAGAUGUUUUCUACACGCAGCCGGCAAACAUCUCCAGCUACAACCCAGGUGACGUGAUAAACACGCGCUCGAUCCCAACGAACUUGAAUGGUUUACUAGCUGGCGGUCCUUCUCCCUCGAUCAAGGCUGCAUAUCAGUAUCUCUACAGGACGACCGAUAGUCUAGGAAAUCCCGUUGCUGCUGUUACAACUUUACUGGUUCCCCACGGCGCCGACCCGUCGAAGUUGCUGGCGUAUCAGACUGCGUAUGAUUCUGCCAACAAUGAUUGCAGUCCUUCGUAUGCGUUGCAGGCAGGCGCCAAUACGUCAGCUACGUCGGACAUCAUUUUCAUCACCGCCGCUUUGGACCAAGGCUGGUACGUCCUUUCACCAGAUUACGAGGGCCUGAACGCCCACUACACAUCGGGUCUCAUCUCCGGUUACGCAACUCUCGACUCUGUACGUGCAGCCUUCAAACAGACCGCCGCCAGCGGACUGAGCACCUCAGCAAAAUACGCCAUGUGGGGAUACUCGGGCGGUUCACUGGCAUCAGAGUGGGCGGCUGAACUCCAACCAUCAUACGCUCCCGAACUCAAAUUCCAAGGAGCUGCACUUGGCGGACUCAUACCAAAUGUACAGAACGUGCUAUCGACCAUCAACAAAGGCCCGUUUGCCGGCUUGGCCUUCUCCGGAAUCUAUGGCUUGAGCAAGGCAUACCCUGAACUUGCGGCCUUUCUGGACGCAAAUCUCGUGCCUUCGAAGAAGGACCAGUUCUAUUCCACUGCGAAUGGGUGUCUCAGCCAAGCGUCCUCGCAGGGUGCAUUUCAGGACUUGUACUCGUACUUCACAACGGGCAAGGCCGCAUUCUCACAGCCAGUUCCUCAGUCUGUUCUUUCCAAAACGGGAAUCAUGGGAACUCAUGGCGUUCCAUCGAUCCCGUUCUUCGUUUACAAGGCCGUCGCGGACGAAGUGAGCCCUUCGAACGAUACGGAUAGUCUCGUCAAGACACUGUGCAGCAGGGGCACGAGUAUUGAGUACCAUAAAGAUGUCAUCGGCGAGCAUAUCACGGAGGCGAUCACAGGGAGUGCGAAUGCCUUGGCGUGGAUUAGCGAUCGUCUUGAGGGGAAGGCUGUAAGUACUGGGUGUACGACGGAGGUCGUAGCGUUGACGUCGGUGGAUUUGGAAAGUGUUGAGCAGUUGGGAGGGGAACUUGUUGCUUUGCUGCAGGAUUUGCUGGGUGGGAGGUUGGGGCCUGCUUUCUCUGGGUGA